GAUUUGGUGCAAUUACCUUCACACGACUGUCACUGUGGGGAAGGGCAGUGAUCAGAACCUGUGCAACAUGGGUGCAAUCGUGAGAACGAUCCUAUUCAUUUCCCUCGGCGUCUCUUUCGUCUCUGGGGAAAGCACUACUAAAGGGAUAACGUCAACUACAACUCCAGUGGUGACAUCGACAGCUUUGGGAACUGGUCAGACCAAAAGUAGUUCCGCUGAUCCUCCUGGUACAACCACAGCCGCAUUAUCCAUGUCCACAAACCAAGUGUCUCAGAACAGCAUUAGUUCUCCUGCCGCAGCCACCUCGCCGGCAUCCAGCAAUCAGAACACAACGUCAACCAAACCGACAACCGUCACCUCCAGCCCAAAAAGUCCACAAGGAAAUACCACCGUGAGCGAAAGCGUUACCACGGCCAACACCAGCCAAACAACACCUGCCCAGUCGACUGCCCUGCCUGAAACAGUGACCACUGUCAACUCGAUCAGCAUGACAACACAGAAUGGCACAGACGUUUCAUUCCCACUGAUAUCACAUGGCAUGGAUCCUGGAUUAGUGGCUGUGAUUGUUAUCCUGGUCUCGCUGUUGGUCAUCGCGAUAGUGUUCACCAUGAUCAAAUACUCCAACCAGGGGAAGCAGGAGUUUAAACGACUUCAUGAUUUACCAAUGAACAGCUUAAGCGAAGAUGCUCCUUUCGCUCAAUAUCCACCCAAGUAACUCGCACACGCUGGCACUGCUGCAUGAGAAUGUUCCGGAAGGCGGUACAGCCCUCUACUGGCUGUUUGCACGUACUGUACUUGCUGACUUCUUUCUCCCUCUCUCUCGCUCUCUUUCUCUCUCCGUUAACAAAUGCAUGGCGCCCUUUUAACCAGGAGAACUAACCAGCAAUGGCUGGAAGUCAGUGGUGAUGAGUUAGUGACCAGAUCCAGCUCAACUCUUGCACAAUCCUAGAUUUGGUUAUUGAUCAUCACAAGAUGAUGGAGACUCUUUGCCCCAUUUGUUCUCAACUCUCCAGGUUACCCACCUCCACCAUCUGCCCAUCACAGCAUUGAGCUGGUUCUUAAAUCGACCCACAGUCCACUCCUCAACCUUUCUACUCUGCCCUUCGCAGAUAUCUCCUGUAUACACUCAGGACAAUCACAAAGCAGCACCUUUAAGAAACCAGUCCAAGAAAUUACUCUUACGGGCCGGAGGAAUGUUUUUAAAAUCCAGAUUUAGAUUUUUGUUUUGUCUUCUAUUCGAUAUUCUGGGAGUGUAGAGCGUGAUCGUUUACUCGGGACACUUAUUUUUAAGCAAGCGAAUCUUUGCUUCCAGUCAAAAUUCUGACCCAAGCUCAUCAAUAAAGAUUGUGUUUGUUUCC